AUGAAAAGAUUUAACAGGCUCGUUUGUCUUCUUACCGUUUGCGCUGCUUUUCUAAUAAUAUUAGUAAACUGCAACUGGACUCCAUGCUCUUAUCUAGCGGAGACCACUGUAGUAGAUUGUUCUGGACAGCGUUUUAAUAGAAUUGCUCAAAUUGCUCGAUUGAAAGCACCCAUAUCCGAAUUUUAUCCAAGCACAAUUGGAGGUCAAAUACACCUGCUGAAUUUGAGUGGGAACGCUUUUCAAUCAAUCAAUUCCAGUUCUUUCUCAUCACUGCGGCAUCCAGAAACUCUUGAAAUACUGGACAUAUCUCACAAUGCGCUGAUGUUCAUAUCUCCCGGUGCCUUCAGAACUUUAUCAAAUCUUAAAAUUCUUUUAGUAAACGAUAAUCAAUUGCACGCACUGGAUCGUUUAUCAUUUGUUGAAUUGGAAUCCUUGGAGGAGUUAAAUUUAGACUCAAAUCCGCUAUCCUCAUUUCCGGAUGGAACUUUUGCAUCACUUGGCAAGCUUCGUAGAAUAAGUAUUAUGUCAAAUCAGCUAUCAUGUGACUGUCAAAUAGCUCACUUACUUCGUUUUAUUAAGGAUCAGCAAGUGCAAGUUUCAGAUCGGACAGUUUGCAUAUUUCCUCAUUCACUUCGAGGAAUAGAGGUUGCAAGACUGAGUGUAAAGGCAUUGAAAAGAAGUUGUGGAAAAGGCGACUUUAAUCCGGCUGUGUUCGAUUUGGAGCCUACUUCACGAUCAUUGGUAGUAUAUCCGGGUGAUGAGAAGAAUAUCACAUGCAAAGUGUCGAAAUCCAACAAUGUACAAAUGGAAUGGCUGAAAAAUAACGUUCCUUUGGCUGAUUCUUCACGAUUAUUUACCACAUACUACAAUGAUAGUGAAUUUCUAUACUUGAAACUCUCUUUGAAUCCAGUGAUUUGGGAAGACGAAGGUGAUUGGACAUGCUAUGUGGAACAGGACCGAUCGGUGUUAAGGAAUACAGUACAUAUGACACCAGUGCUGGUGAAUACGCUUUAUUGUGUACAGGAAUGGCAUGCGGAUGAAAAAGGUGAAAUAAUUUGGGCAGUUUCUAAGCAAGGAUUAGUUACGGCCAAAUGUCCCAAUGGUCCUGCGAACGCCAGAGCAUAUCGACGAUGUAAAUAUGGAAAAUGGGAAAUACCAGACACAAGUCGAUGUGCUUAUACUUCCCCGCUAAUUAAACAUUUCCUAACACUGUUGCAACAUAAACAAACAUCUCAGUACGUGGACGAAUUAUUUCGAAUAAAGAGGCGGCCAAUCGAAAUGUCCGCCUAUGAAACUCGUCUCGUUGGCUGGCUUAUAGGUAAUGCAACUGGUUUAUCUAGUCGACAAAUGCUAGCUGCAUUGAAUUUCGUUUUACAAUCGGAAUUUGUCCGCACUGAACUUAACGGUAAUAAUUGCUAUUUUGCUGUAUAA